CUGAUGACACCUCUUAAAACCCUAAACCCUUCCCUUCACAGCCCAUCGAUGGCGACGAACUUGUGAGCAUCUCCAUCGGUUGCUUGCGUCUCUUUUGUCAAUCGCGGAGCUCGGUCUCUCAGCGGCCGACGGACAUGGCGAGGCUUCUUCUGCGGGCUUCUUUAAGAGCAGCACUUUAUGCUUCACAGUUUCAGAAAUAUGGAGAAGGAAUCCCAGCACCUGCAUUUCAAUAUUGUAACUUUUCUUCCAAAGCUAAAACAAAGUCCAAGUCAGAUGGAUCUGAAUCUGGUAACUUUUCUUCCAAAGCUAAAAGAAAGUCCAAGUCAGAUGGAUCUGGAUCGGAUAACUUUUCUUCCAAAACUAAAAGAAUGUCCAAGUCAGAUGGAUCGGAAUCUGGUAAGGAAAAUCUAUCUAAGAAAGAUAUUGCUUUACAGCAGGCCUUGGACAAGAUUACUGAUUCAUUUGGGAAGGGCUCAAUCAUGUGGCUUGGUCGUGCUCAUGCUCCUAGGGAAGUCCCUGUUGUAUCUACAGGAUCUAUUGCAUUGGAUAUGGCAUUGGGAAUUGGUGGCCUUCCAAAGGGGUGUGUUGUGGAGAUAUACGGUCCAGAGGCUUCAGGAAAAACUGCACUUGCUCUUCAUGUUAUUGCAGAAUCUCAAAAGAAUAAGGGUUCUUGUGCUUUCAUAGAUGGUGAACAUGCUCUGGAUUCAGCAUUGGUUAAGUCUAUUGGUGUCAAAAUGGAUAAUUUAUUCUUGUCACAGCCAGAUAGUGGGGAGCAGGCACUUAGUCUCAUUGACAAUCUAAUUAGGAGUGGUUCAGUUGAUGUUGUGGUUGUCGACAGUGUUUCUGCCCUUGUGCCUAAAAGUGAACCUGAUGGUGAGAUCGGAGAUGCCCAUAUGGCUCUUCGAGCAAGGUUGAUGAGCCAAGCUUUGCACAAGUUGACUCAUUCAUUAUCAAUGUCACAGACAAUUUUGCUGUUUAUUAAUCAGGUUAGAGCAAAGCAAGUGGCCUCAGGCGGCAAUGCCUUGAAGUUUUAUGCAUCCGUUCGCUUGAACAUCAGACGAAUUGGCUUCAUUAAAAUGGGUCAAGAGACUUUAGGGAAUCAAGUGUCGGUGAAAAUUGUAAAGAAUAAGCAUGCUCCUGCGUUUAGGACAGUGCGUUUGGGGCUUGAGCACGGCAAGGGGAUCUCCCGGGAAUUUGAGCUAAUAGAUCUUGGCUUGAAACACAAGCUCAUUACUAAAGGUGGUGGUGCUAUGUAUAGUUUCAAUGAGCAAAGCUUCAGAGGGAAAGAUGCUAUCAAGCACUAUCUUAUUAAGAAUGACUGGGCAAAAGAAGAGUUAGCAACAAAACUGAGGCAGAAGAUAUUAUACAACAAUGACGAUGACAAUAAAAUGGACUCACAGAACGACGACGACACAAAUGAGGAAGUAUCUGAAGAGCUAAUCAUGUCCGAUACAACUGAUGAGGAACUUAUUGCCGCCAAUGAGGAAGUAUCUGAAGAGCUAAUCAUGUCCGAUACAAAUGAUGAGGAACUUAUUGCCGCCUUAGGUUGAUGUAUCAAUUCUCUGCUUGGGAACCCAAGAAACUUUACCAGGAGCUGAAAGGUAUUAUGGUGAAGCCUUCAAGUUUCUGGGGUGAUUUAUGUACUUCGUGUGGAUACAUACCUAGCAUUCUAUCGCGAAGCAUGAAUGGGAUUAGCGUUCUCAAAGUUUCUCGAACGUUGACCCCAAAUGUGUAACAAGUACAAUGCAUUACUCAUUCAUAUGUAUUGAAUCGUUGUGACACCAAUAUUUCUUUUGUUUUUUUCCUUGGAAAUUGAAAUUAGUUUUAUUCAUUA